AUGGAGGACUUGGACAUGCUUUUUGAGCUCCCCAAUGCUAAACGUGUGCGGAGGGAAGAGCUCUACGACUCAGACAGACCUUCCAGCCCUGAAGUAGAUGGGUUGGAAGCAGAGCUGCUGCGUGCCCAGCUCAAUGCUCGCCUAUCAGGCGUCUUAUCAUUCCGCGUCCCAACACCAUCACCACCACCACCUCCUCCGCCACCUGCUCCUACUGCCAACGAAACCCAGCAUUCAAAGCGUCAACAACAACAACAACAACAACAACAACAAGAAGAAGAAGAAGAAGAAGAAGAAGAAGGAGAAGAAGGAGAAGAUAAUGAUGAUGAUGAUGCAUCAUCAUCAUCAUCAUUCCCCUCAUCUCCCUUAGACUCAAAUCCCCAGCCCCCUCCUCAACCCCCCCAACGCCGAGACUCCUCUCUCGAAAUUUUCUCCUUCCGCCUCUUCUCGUCCGCGCCCCCACAAAAAGUCGUCCUCCCGGCCGACGACGACCCAGCAGCGGGCUACACCGGCCCGCCCAUCAAACCCCGCCCCCUGUCAUACUACAUACGCGGCGAGCUGACCCCGGAGCAAAAGGCUCAAAUCCAGCACGCCGCCGUGUCCGGACGGGAUGUCUUAACUGCCGCGCGCCAGCGCGCUUGGGGAUUAGAAUUGCCCUGGAGGGUGACGACAAUCAGGGUGGCAGUUGGUGGGACGCCGGGUAAGGCGGGGACUACUUCUACGUCGCGUGGAGCGGCACAGACAAUAGCCGCUGUUGAAGAAGGCGAGGGUGACGGGCAGGAGAAGAAAAAGAAGAAAAAAUGUCGCCCGGGGAAGAAGACGCGGAUUGCGCUGCGCAAGCGCGACCAGAAGCGUCGAGUGGAGGAGGCUAAGAAGUUGAGUAAGGAGGAGUAUCUGCGAGAGAAGAAGAAGCGGUUGAAUCGGGAGAAGAAGUUGAAGAGGAGGGCGAAGGAGAAGGAGAAGAAGAGGUUACAGCGGGAGAAGGCGCAACAGCAAGGGGAGGGGACGAUAAAUGGGGGAAGUGUCAACGGGGGUAGUGUAAAGGAUGGGGGAGGGAGCGAUAUGGGAAGUAGCAGCGGGGAGGAAUGA